AUGCAGCUAGCGGAAGAAAAGCUGCUGGAGCUUUGUGAACAUGGGGACAUUCUUGAUGAAUACGGUGUCAGACUCAAUGUUUUGGGUAGAACGAGUCUCCUGCCAGAGAAAGUCCAACUCGCAGUUCAAAAGGCGGAAUAUAUAACUCGACGUAAUACACGCGCUAUCCUCAAUCUCUGCAUGUCAUAUACAUCACGCGACGAAAUAACAACCGCCGUUGAAUCGUGUGUCCGAAACGCUGACCCUUCAAACCCGCAAAUCACCGAAGAGGACAUCGACGCUUAA